UGGGCUUUCUUCUGCGAGUUGGAUUCUUUUUCCAGAUCAGGUUCCCAAUUAGAGUAGGCUUCUGACUGUUCUUGGAGUUGGAUUCCCAGCAGGAAUGAGCUUGCGAUUCCUUCUUGACCCGGGUUGUCCAACUUAUAUAAAUACAGGGCUUCUCUUCACUCUUUCUCACAUCGCAAACUUAACUUCUCUACUUUCUAGCUUGAGAAAGAUCUUGGAGAAUUUGUACUGCUUGUCGAAGAGAGGAGUUGCCGUGCAUCCAAAUUGUCUGUUGAUCAUGUCUUCUGAAGAUGGUAGGAAGUCAAAGCUCCCUUCUGCUGAGAAGACCCGAGUAGGAGCUACUCUAGCGUCAUCUGCAAGGGUCAAACAUCUUGUUGGUGUAGAUAGCAAGAAGAAAGGUGGUAUGCACAACAUUAAGGAUGUCCCCCUUAAGCCUCUUGCUGAUGAAUGUGGAGAUCGUGAUCUGCUCCGUGAAAUAGUCCGUGCGCGAUCUAGUUCACCUGUUAAGAGGCAAAGAGAUGCAGAUGUUCAUAUCCGAAGUUCGGGUCGUUUGUCCCAGUCGAAGAGUGGAGGUCGAUCUGGGAGGUCUGCUCAUCCACCCAACCACCAUGAUCCUGCUGUUGAGUCACGAGCAGUCAAGCGUGGAGUUGAUUCGUCGCCACCAAUUCCUUUGGAAGUGAGGUUGGCAGAGGCUAAGAAAGCGAAAGAGUCAUCUGCUCGGGCGAAAGGUUCUUCUGCAACAUCCGCAGCUGAUCCCCAGGUGGACAAGUCCAGCCCUGCAGGGGAUGCAGGAGUGUCUGAUCUGCUCAAGACGCAUUUUCUAUCAAGUCCAUCCGCUUGUGCUGGGCUGUUUGAUCAAAUCCGUCAAGCUGGUGAUCUUGGUACCUUUUCAAGUCUUUCCUUGGAAAAACAAAGGGAAGCCACACUUCAUCUGCUUCAAAAAGGAGUUGUUUUUGCUGCUGAGACCAUUCGAAAUUCGAGAGACCUCCGGACGGAUUCCCUCGACUUGGUCCUGAUUCUUUGA